AUGAGCAACCUAGUGAAUAAUUGGUGGAAGAUAAGCGAAAGUGAAAAUAUCAUACAUAUUUGGCCACGGCCAUCAUCCCUGCACAAUGGUCCUCAAUGGGAGGAAUUUUGUAAAAUGAAACGAUAUCUCGAAGAAAUUAAUAAUGACCCAGUAGAUUUACUUGGUUCUUCUGUAGAAAAUGAUGAAGUCAAUUUAAUUGAGAAAGAGAAUGAAGAUGAACAGAUUGAAGAUAAUAAACAGGAAGAGUUAUAUCAUGAACGGAUACUUUUAGCAGAAAUAGAUCCUAAUGCAAAUAUAGUAAAUUCAUCAGAACUGGGAUCUCGUAUGAUGGAUAUAAAUUAUGAUUGGUAUA